GAGGCACGGCGGCGGCCGCGGCCGCGGCGGCGUCGCUAGCUCGGGAGGCCGCCCCGGGCGUGGGCGGGCGGGCGUCCCGGGUCGGCGUCGCGGGAGCGGGCUCUGCGGCAGCGCCGCGCAGGGCGGCCGGCUGAGGGGCCAGCGCCCGCCGCGCCCUGCGCUCGGCGCCCGGCGUCUCCCGGGGCGCUGGGCAUCCCCGCCCCGCUGGGUCGGCCCCGGAGGCCGGGAGCAGGCCCCGCUAGACGCGCCGCGCCGACGGGGGCGACCGCGGCGUCGCGGGCUCCUCAGACUCGCGCCGGCGCCGGGGCCUCGCUGCCGCUCCUCAGAGCGGGCCCGCAGCCUCCCGCGGGGCCGCCGGCCUUUGACGCAGGGGAGGCGCCGCUCCGCGCGGCAUGAGGGGCCCGCCGCUGCCGGCGAGAGAGCCGCGCGGGCGAGAGCGGCUGGCGGCGUGAGAGGGCUCGGCUGGACUUGCCUCCGCGGCCGCGGCGGCCGGAGCAGGUACCAGAGCCCCCGGCCCGGAAGGUUCCGAGCGCUCGGCAACAUGGCUUCCCCGCCCCACCAGCAGCUGCUGCCGCACCACAGCACCGAGGUGAGUUGUGACUCCAGCGGAGACAGCAACAGCGUGAGGGUCAAAAUCAACCCCAAGCAGCUGUCCUCCAACAGCCACCCCAAGCACUGCAAGUACAGCAUCUCCUCCAGCUGUAGCAGCUCUGGGGACUCAGGGGGCGUCCCCCGGAGAGUGGGCGCUGGAGGCCGCCUGCGCAGGCAGAAGAAGCUGCCCCAGCUGUUCGAGAGGGCCUCCAGCCGGUGGUGGGACCCCAAGUUCGACUCGGUGAACCUGGAGGAGGCUUGCAUGGAGCGCUGCUUCCCGCAGACCCAGCGCCGCUUCCGGUAUGCGCUCUUCUACAUCGGCUUCGCCUGCCUGCUGUGGAGCAUCUAUUUUGGCGUCCACAUGCGGUCCAAACUGAUGGUCAUGGUAGCCCCAGCUCUGUGCUUCCUCGUCGUGUGUGUGGGCUUUUUUCUGUUUACCUUCACCAAGCUGUAUGCCCGGCAUUACGUGUGGACCUCUCUGGUUCUCACCCUCCUGGUGUUCGCCCUGACCCUGGCCGCCCAGUUUCAGGUUUUGACGCCUCUCUCAGGACGUGUUGACAGCUCCAAUCGUACCCUCGCAGCCAAGCCCACAGACACUUGCUUAUCUCAAGUGGGGAGCUUUUCCAUGUGCAUCGAAGUGCUCUUUUUGCUCUACACCGUCAUGCACUUACCUUUGUACUUGAGCUUGUUUUUGGGAGUGGUCUAUUCUGUACUCUUUGAGACCUUUGGCUAUCAUUUCCGAGACAAAGACUGCUUUCCCCCACCUGGAGCAUGGGCGCCGCACUGGGAGCUGCUGAGCCGAGCCCUGCUCCACGUGUGCAUUCACGCCAUCGGGGUCCACCUAUUUAUCAUGUCCCAGGUGAGAUCCAGGAGCACCUUUCUCAAGGUGGGACAGUCAAUUAUGCAUGGAAAGGAUCUGGAAGUGGAAAAAGCCCUGAAAGAGAGGAUGAUUCAUUCUGUGAUGCCCAGGAUCAUAGCUGAUGACCUGAUGAAACAGGGGGAUGAGGAGAGCGAGAAUUCAGUCAAAAGGCACGCCACGUCCAGCCCCAAGAACAGGAAGAAAAAGUCUUCCAUACAGAAAGCCCCCAUAGCAUUUCGCCCUUUCAAAAUGCAGCAGAUCGAAGAAGUCAGUAUUCUGUUUGCAGAUAUCGUGGGCUUCACCAAGAUGAGUGCCAAUAAGUCUGCUCAUGCCCUGGUGGGUCUCCUCAAUGAUCUGUUCGGUCGCUUCGACCGGCUGUGUGAAGAGACCAAGUGUGAGAAAAUCAGUACUCUGGGAGACUGCUACUAUUGCGUGGCGGGGUGUCCGGAGCCCCGGGCCGACCAUGCCUACUGCUGCAUUGAGAUGGGCUUGGGCAUGAUCAGAGCGAUCGAGCAGUUCUGCCAGGAGAAGAAAGAGAUGGUGAACAUGCGCGUCGGGGUUCACACGGGGACCGUCCUCUGCGGCAUCUUGGGCAUGAGGAGGUUCAAAUUCGAUGUGUGGUCCAACGAUGUGAACUUGGCCAAUCUCAUGGAGCAGCUGGGAGUGGCGGGCAAGGUUCACAUUUCCGAGGCCACAGCAAAAUACCUAGAUGAUCGGUACGAAAUGGAAGAUGGGAAAGUUACUGAACGCCUUGGCCAGAGCGUUGUUGCUGACCAGUUGAAAGGUUUGAAGACAUACCUGAUAGCGGGUCAGAGAGCGAAGGCGUCUCAUUGCAGCUGUUCACAGGCCUUGCUUUCUGGCUUUGAGGUCAUUGACGGCUCACGGGUGUCCUCAGGUCCUAGGGGACAGGGGACAGCAUCACCAGGGAGUGUCAGUGACUUGGCGCAGACUGUCAAAACCUUUGAUAACCUUAAGACUUGUCCUUCCUGCGGAAUCACAUUUGCCCCCAGAUCAGAAGCGGGUGCAGAAGGAGGAGCGGUCCAGAACGGCUGUCAAGAGGAGCAUAAAAACAGCACCAAGGCUCCUGGAGCACCGAAUUCCAAAACUCAGAACGGACUUCUGAGCCCUCCCCAAGAGGAGAAACUCACCAACAGUCAGACCUCCCUGUGUGAGAUCUUACAGGAAAAGGGAAGGUGGGCAGGAGUGAGCUUGGACCAGUCAGCUCUCCUUCCGCUGAGGUUCAAGAACAUCCGGGAGAAAACAGAUGCCCAUUUUGUUGACGUUAUCAAAGAGGACAGCCUGAUGAAAGAUUAUUUUUUCAAGCCACCCAUCAAUCAGUUCAGCUUGAACUUCUUGGAUCAGGAGCUAGAGCGAUCCUACAGGACCAGCUAUCAAGAAGAGGUUAUAAAGAAUUCUCCCGUGAAGACUUUUGCCAGUGCCACCUUCAGCUCCCUGCUAGAUGUGUUUCUGUCGACAACAGUUUUUCUGAUUCUCUCCAUCACCUGCUUUCUGAAGUAUGGGGCUGCCUCCAUGUCUCCCCCACCUGCCGCCCUGGCAGUCUUCGGCGCUGCCCUGCUGCUGGAGGUGCUGUCCCUCGUGGUCUCCAUCAGGAUGGUGUUUUUCCUGGAGGACGUGAUGGCUUGUACAAAGCGCCUGCUGGAGUGGAUAGCUGGCUGGCUCCCACGCCAUUUCAUUGGGGCCAUCCUGGUGUCACUCCCUGCUCUUGCGGUCUAUUCACACGUCACCUCUGAAUUUGAGACAAACAUACACGUCACCGUGUUCAUGGGUUCAGCCGUCCUGAUCACCGUCGUGCACUACUGUAACUUCUGCCAGCUCAGCUCCUGGAUGAGGUCCUCCUUAGCCACAGUCGUCGGGGCGGGGCCCCUGCUCCUGCUCUGCAUCUCCCUGUGCCCUGAUAGUUCCAUAGUAAUUUCACACCUUGAUGCAGGACAGAAUUUCAGUUCUGAGGGGAAUCCGUGCAAUAGUUCCUUGCCGCACGGUGGCGGAACAGCCAGCCGGAUUGGCCAGGAGGUGGUUCUGGUCUUCUUUCUCCUGCUCUUGUUGGUCUGGUUCCUGAAUCGAGAAUUCGAGGUCAGCUACCGCCUGCACUACCAUGGGGACGUGGAGGCAGACCUUCACCGCACCAAGAUCCAGAGCAUGAGGGACCAAGCCGACUGGCUGCUAAGGAACAUCAUCCCCUACCACGUGGCUGAGCAGCUGAAGGUCUCCCAGACCUACUCCAAGAACCACGACAGUGGAGGCGUCAUCUUCGCCAGCAUCGUCAACUUCAGUGAGUUCUACGAGGAGAACUACGAGGGGGGCAAGGAGUGCUACCGGGUCCUUAACGAGCUCAUUGGGGACUUCGAUGAGCUCCUGAGCAGGCCAGGCUACAGCAGCAUCGAGAAGAUCAAGACCAUCGGGGCCACAUACAUGGCUGCAUCAGGGCUGAACGGCGCCCAGUGCCAGGACGGUGGCCACCCACAGGAGCACCUGCAGGUCCUGUUCGAGUUUGCCAAGGAGAUGAUGCGCGUGGUGGACGACUUCAACAGCAACAUGCUGUGGUUCAACUUCAAGCUCAGGGUCGGCUUCAACCAUGGGCCUCUCACAGCAGGGGUCAUCGGCACCACCAAGCUGCUCUAUGACAUCUGGGGCGACACCGUCAACAUCGCCAGCAGGAUGGACAGCACGGGGGUGGAGUGCCGCAUCCAGGUGAGUGAGGAGAGCUACCGCGUCCUGAGCAAGAUGGGCUACGACUUCGACUACCGGGGGACAGUCAAUGUGAAGGGCAAGGGCCAGAUGAAGACCUACUUGUACCCAAAGUGCAUGGACAGCGGGGCCGUGCCGCAGCACCAGCUGUCCAUCUCCCCGGACAUCCGAGUCCAGGUGGACGGCAGCAUCGGGCGGUCUCCCACGGAGGAGAUCGCCAGCCUGGUGCCUUCUGUACAGAAUGCAGACAAGACAUCUCUGGGUUCCGAAAACAACAUGCAGGCCAAGGACGCUCACCUGUCCUCUAACAGGCCGUGGAAGGAGCCCGUCAAACCCGAAGAGAGGUCUCGAUUUGGCAAAGCCGUAGAGAAAAGCGACUGUGAAGAAGUGGGCGUGGAAGAAGCCAGCGAACUCACCAGGCUCAACGUUUCCAAGAGCGUGUGACGCAGCGUCCAUCGCUGCCACGGUGCUCUGUUCCUCGAAACAGUCGAGUUUGCAUUCGCCUGCUGUGUGUCCCGAGCACCACAGCCUCCGUCGCCGGGCGCAGCGCCGCGUGGUCGUUGCCCUGACGUCUGCGUGCGCCACGCACAUCCGUCUCUCUGCUUUUUCUCCCCUGGAGCCCCAUCCCCUGGGUGUGACCGUCAGCAGCGUGGAGAACAAGUGCCUUCAGGGGCUGACCGCAGCCUCGCGUCCGGGGACAGAGGCGGCCCGUGGAGAUCAUGGCAUGGGGUAUUGCUGGACUUUUUAAAUGAAAGCUGUGGUUAAGAUAUCAUUUUAUUGCUUUUUCUCACAAGGCAGUUUGGGGUUUUGUUUUGUUUUUGCUAGUACAACGUUUUUGCGUUUUUUUCUUGUAUACAUGCUAGUGUUUUCCAGUGACCUGACCUUUCUGUGUAAACAUGUACACGCACACACUUUCAUUCAUGAAUCUGAGAUCAAGUGCCAGUAACUCACUGUGAGGGGAGGUGGGGGGCCGUGGGCUGCAAGCAGCCGCCAGCCAGGACGGCCCACACCCCGCCCC